AUGGAUUAUGCAAAUGAAGGUAAUUUAAGAGGAAACUUAACAAGAAUAAGCAAAAGUGAUUGGAAUCAAAAAUUAUAUAUGCUAUUUGAAAUUAUUUCUGGACUUAAUAAUAUACAUAAAAAAGAGCUUAUUCAUUGCGAUUUUCAUGAUGGUAAUAUUUUAAAUCAUAGUGAGGGUAGAAUUUAUAUUAGUGAUUUAGGAUUAUGUAAACCUGUAAAAUCAUAUUUGAAAGAAUAUAAUAUUUAUGGUGUAAUACCAUUUAUGGCACCUGAAGUUUUAAGAGGCAAUCCUUAUACUCCAGCUAGUGAUAUGUAUGGUUUUUCUAUGAUUAUGUGGGAAUUUACAUCUGGGAAACCACCAUUUAAUAAUAUAGAACAUGAUUUUCAACUUAGUUUAAGUAUUUGUGAAGGUGAACGACCUAAAAUUAUUGAAAAUACUCCACAAUGUUAUGUAGAAUUGAUGAAAAAGUGUUGGGAUGAAACCCCAUUAAAAAGGCCAUCUUCUGAAGAAGUGUUAAACAUUAUUAAUAAAUGGAUGGCUUCUCCAUAUAAUGUUAAAGAUAUUAAUGAAGAAUUAAAAUACAAUAUUAUGGAAUUUAUAAAUGCACCAAUUGGACAUAACAAUAAUAUUGAUACUGGAUCUCAUUCGCAGGCAUACUAUAAAAGUCGCUUACUUGAUUUUACUAGUAAACAAUUGAAUGAAAUUCUUGAAAGUAGAUAUUCACAAGCUAAUAUAAAAGUGAAUGAAAGUGAAGAAUUAGAUGAUUUUAUGAUUUAAAACCAAUUAUUUGUGAUUUUUAUAAGAAUUUAUAGUUUUUAUAAGUGCGUGGUAUUUUAUGUCAUACAUUUAACAGAAAUUGUUGUUUAG